AUGGAACAAGCUUUCGGAGCCGAUUCUGAUUCUGUUCCUGUUCCUGCGGACAAGACUAAGAUUUUGAUUGUUAAGCCAUUAAGAUGUCUUGUCCCAAUUUUCCCAUCACCACAAGACCCUUCUGCACCACCCUCAUCUCAGUACGCAUCCGUCCCUCCAACGGGCCCCUUUCCACCUGGUGCUGCACCCUUCUUCCCCUUCUUUGCCUCAAACGUAUCUCAAAAGCAAGGCAGUGAACCACAACCACCUCAUCCUAGGCCUUACACUAUCCCAUCACCAGUUCCUUUAAAUUCCUUUAGAACACCAGGUUCAGAUGUUAAAAAUGGUGACAUAGGGACAUCAAAAAAGAGCAUCAGGAGUCGCAUGUAUGUAGAUGAGGAUGGAUAUAGUCAGAGUGAUGGUUAUGAUAACAGCUUUGGCAAGGAUAUGGAAACUGGCAGUGAAGUUGAUGACAAAAGAAGAGUAACCCGUAAAAAAGUCAAGAGUACAAUUGCUGUGUCUAAUUCUGACAUUGACAUUGACUCCUUUGUUACUCAUCUGUUGGAAUCUUUCAAUCUGUUGGAUGUUGAUAGCUUCCGUCAAUGCGACAGUGACAAGGAGUUGGCUGAUCGUGUGCUAAUGGUAUAUAAUCUACUCAGGAGAAAAAUCACACAACUUGAUGACACAAAAGAAGGCAUGACAGGGUCAGCAAAACGUCCAGACUUAAGGGCAGGUACUAUCUGUAUGAGCAAAGGGGCUCGUGCUAAUAUCAAGAAGAGGGUUGGACCUGUACCUGGUGUUGAAAUUGGUGACAUUUUCUUUUUUCGUUUUGAAAUGUGUUUGGUGGGAUUGCAUGCUCCAAGUAUGGCAGGGAUAGAUUACAUGAGUGUUAAAUUCUCUGGAGCUGAAGAGCCUGUAGCUGUGAGUAUAGUCUCUGCAGGAGGAUAUGAAGAUGAAGGGGAUGAUGGUGAUGUGUUGAUAUACAGUGGGCAAGGUGGGGUCUCGAGUAGAGGUAAACCACAAAGUGAUCAACUUCUAAUAAGGGGUAACCUUGCUCUUGAAAAAAGCUUACACAGGGGUAAUGAGGUACGAGUUAUUCGUGGUCUUAAAGAUUAUCAACAUACAACUGGGAAAGUUUAUGUCUAUGAUGGACUAUACAGAAUACACGAAUCUUGGAUUGAAAAAGGGAAAUCUGGUUGCAAUGUUUUUAAGUACAAAUUGGUUCGAAUUGCAGGACAACCUUCAGCAUUUACAUUAUGGAAAUCAAUUCAACAGUGGAAAGAUGUUGGAAAUGGUGGUGGUCUUACAAGGGCUGGUGUUAUUCUCCCUGACCUUACUUCUGGUGCUGAAAAAGUACCUGUUUCUCUUGUAAACGAUGUGGAUAACGAAAAGGGUCCCGCUUAUUUCACGUAUUCACGCAGCCUCAAGUAUCGAAAUCCCUUCCCUUCAACCCAAUCUUUAAGCUGCAGCUGCGCGAAUGGAUGCCAACCUGGCUAUAACUGCCCUUGUAUUGAAAAGAAUGGAGGGUAUAUACCCUACACUCCUCUUGGUGUUCUUUUGAGUCACAACACAUUGAUUCAUGAGUGUGGGAGUUCUUGUAGAUGCCCUCCUAACUGCAGGAACCGAAUUUCACAAGCAGGUUUGAAACUCCGUUUGGAGGUGUUCAAAACAAGGGAUAGAGGUUGGGGACUUAGGUCGUGGGACCCAAUUCGUUCAGGGGCUUUUAUAUGUGAAUAUGCAGGUGUAGUGAUUGAAGAAAAUGGAAUCGAUUAUGAUGAUAAUUACAUUUUUGAUGCAACUCGUUCUUUUGAUGCUGUGGAAACUAGCCCUAGGGAUGAAGCUGCAAAGUUUCCAUAUCCUUUGGUUAUUAGUGCAAAAAAUGAGGGGAAUGUGGGAAGGUUUAUGAACCAUAGCUGCUCACCUAAUGUGUAUUGGCAACCUGUUAUUCGUGAAAAUCAAGAUGAAUCGCUGAUAAAGGUGGGCCCCGUAGGAAAAAUUGUUUGUGUGGGUCGGCGAGGUGCAAAGGGACUUUUUGCUAGUGGUCUACAUAAAGUUUGCAUGGAUUUUGCAUACCAAAUGGCGCCCUUCUGUAAAAGAAGAAGUUGUAGUUUGUAGGUUGGGAAAUGAAAUGAAAUGGAUUUUGCUUAGAUGGCGCUUAUUAAGCAUUAGGACCAGAUGAUGAUGGCGCCCAAAAUAUUUAUGUUUGGCGAUGGCGAUGGCAAUGGCAAUGGCAAUGUAGUAAUUUAGUAGUAUAUGAAUAUCAAGUUGUGUGUUGGGAUUGGGUAUGUGUAGCCUUCUUAUUAUUAAAUCAUUAGGUGACUUUUAGAUUGUCAAUCUACUUGUUCUUAUUUUUGAUAAUGUUCC